UUUCUAAGAGAUCCCAUGUUUUGAUGUAAAAUAUUUUUCUUUCAUAUGUAGAAUUAGGGGACGUUGCGUUUUCCUUAAGGUAGUUGAUCCAACCAUUGGAUAGAUUGUGCUUCUUUUGGUUCACAUGGCUUUAAAAAAAAAAAAAAGAAGAGAAUGUUAAAGUCGUUACUUCUCCCAUAAGGUCUAUGGAUAACCUAAACCGCUACCCCUGAAGAAGGGCAGAAGUGUUGCGUUUUGUCCUCCUGGUGUGGUGAACUUGGCAAGGCUUAUUUCCAUCAUCACUGAGUCAUGGCUUGUCUCUGUCUCUCUCUCAGGAUAUUUUGCUCGCGUCCAUGGCGUCAGUCAGCUUAUAAAGGCAUUUCUACAGAAGACAGAAUGUCACUGUCAGAUUCUAAAUCUUGGGGCUGGGAUGGAUACCAUCUUCUGGAGACUAAAGGAUGAAGAUCUUCUCCCAAGUAAAUAUUUUGAAGUGGACUUUCCCAUGAUAGUCACGAGAAAGCUGCACAGCAUCAAACACAAGCCUUUCUUAUUACAACCCAUUAUAGAAUUACAUUCAGAGGACACACUGCAAAUUGAUGGACACUUGUUGGAUUCAAAGAGAUAUGCCAUUAUUGGAGCAGAUCUCCGAGAUUUACCUGAACUCGAAGAGAAGCUAAAGAAAUGUAACAUGAAUCCACAAUUGCCAACACUGCUGAUAACGGAACGUGUGCUGGUUUACAUGACUCCGGAGCAGUCGGCCAACCUUCUCAAGUGGGCAGCUAACAGUUUUGAGACAGCUGUGUUCAUAAACCACGAACAGGUAAAAGGAAGCUCCAAGACCUUUGCGUGCUGUAUGCGUUCGCGUGGUGGCUAACCCUCUCUGAGCAACCUCAGUAUAAAUUUCCACUCACUCUUUUCCUUCCGCCUCUGGCCACACACACA